AUUGGCCAGAAAACGGCUGGUUUGGAGGUUUUCUUUGCAUUCCUUUGGCUUGGAAACUGGAGAUGUUGGCUGGAAGAGCCAGCCAGGGUGGGAAAGCAUCCCGGGGGAAGGCAGGACCGGCCCGGAGUGAAGCUCUCUGUAAUUGAGGGAACGGCCGCUUGAUGGCAACAUCCUACCGCACAUGGGGACCGGUGCCAGGGGGACCGCGGAGCCGGGGACACGCACGGUCACAGGACGCGGCAUGGCUUCUCCAGAACGGCUGCACGUGCUGCCAAGUGCAUACCUGGAGCAGGGAAUGCCUCUUCCUCACUUCUGCAACAGUCAUUUAUGUGUUGGGGCUGGGACUGAAAAUACAUGUCACAGAUGGUGCUAGGUCAAAGAAGCAGCCUGUCUUUGCAGGACAAGCAGUUCUGAAGUUCCGAGCAUCUCUACAUUUUCAUCUAUGCAGAAGUUUUCUCCUUAGCCUUUUUUGCUUACCUAAGCCAUUGGUGAUUUGCUUACGGUUUCCUCUCCUCUUUUACUUCGUAUAACAGGAAACAUGCAAAGUGCUUUGCUGGAAUCAAAAGUACAAAUUUGUUGCUUUUGGAAUCAAGAACAAAUGGAAAAACUUGUGGGUUUUUUUUUUUUUCUUUUUGUUCUUUGCCAGUAGCUGACCUGUGAUACAGGAAGAGAGGAAUAUAAAAUAAACUUGGAAAAAAGAAUUAGGUUUCCACAUCUGCUUUAAGCAGACUAAUGCAUGAACAUGUCUAUAAAAAUGAGUGAUGGGACCAGUAGGACCAGUAGGAAAGUGGCCACUCAGUGACCACUGAAUGGUCCAGGCAAACUGAGGCACAAAAUGCUUGCUGUGCAGCUUAGUGUCCUGGAUGAGUUCCUAGGAUUUUAUUUGACCCAGUUGGGAUGCUAAUGGAUAACUCUUAUUAUAUGGUUUUUCUGGAAAACCACAGAGGGUAAGGAUUGUAAUAAAUUCCAUGAGUUACCCCUAUUGGUUAUCAGUAGAAAAUAAUAGGAAAAAUAAAAUUACCUGGAAUUCUGCAAGAACCACUUUUUUUAGUGGGCCACUACCACCCCUUCAGUAGGUAGAAUGUCCUAAAUGCAGUAAAUGAAAAACCAAAACAUUUUCAAAUUAAAAGAAAACACUAAUAGUUGUGCUGUACUAUUGGGUAGAAUUUCAAACCAUUGAUACUAAAUGUAGAAAACAAAUUGGAUUGAGAUUCUUAAUUCCUUUUAUUAUUUUUUUAGGGGAUGAAAAGCUUUAUCAGAACUAAGCUCAUCUAAAACUUAUUAUUCUUUCAGUAUGCUAAUUAAUAGAGCAGGAUCAUGGAUUUGUUAAUUAAAAUAAGAUACCUCAGGGAAACUGAAAUUAAUUUUGCUGUCCUAAUAGAGUUACCAUUACGCCAUUAAAUCUUAUGGAUGUCUUACCCAUUUCUCUUCUUUUCCUUUUCUCAACAAGUAAAAAAAUGUUUUAUUUAGUUUGAAUUUAGAAUCAGAAUAUUGAAUGGUGACUUUCUGAAAAACGUGGAGAAGAUCAACCAAUAAUCUUGGAAUAGCUUGGUUUUCCAAAAAUGCUAGAAUGCAGCCUUCAUGUGUGUCAGGACUGAUCACCUCAUGUGCUCUGAAUGAGCACAAAACUGUUCACCUUUGGAUCACCAGGUCUGAGCUGCUCUGUGUAACUUGUUAACAGUCACUUUAGCAGCCUGCUAGAAUAACCUGGUAGUGUUGGCUUAUAUUCUCCAGAGCUAGAACUAGCAAAACUCAGCUGCUGGGCAGGCAUUGUAAUGAUUGCUAAAGAUAUAUUGCACCUUAAAUGGAAUGUCUUCCACAGAUGGAAGGUGGUAUCUGACAGCAGAUCCUGUGGUGCACUGGGUAUGUCCAUGUUGGUGAUUUAGUUCAUACAGAGUAUUUUAGGGGAAUCUCCUGGUCAUCCCUACCUGCAGUGCUUGAGAGUAGUUUUGGCUCAGUCCUGCAGUGUGCAGACUGAUUCCUGCUAGUGGGACCAAAUUGGAAGAUAAGCUCCAGGAGCACACCAAAAGGUGUGUUCAGCUGAAGAGCCACCCAAGAGCCGAAGCAAAGCCCAGAGGCACCAAGCACGGUGAGCCCUGGGUGUCUCCUCUUUGUGCAGGGUUGCUGCUGCUGUGCUGUGCUCUUGGUUAACAAGGGUAGAGUUUGGGUUGACCAGAUCUCACCUGGACCUGCCUUGGCAGGAGCUCAUACUGCUGGCCUGAGAGUUGAUGCCAACCUUGAUUUCAAAGUUAGUCAUUUUUCCAGAAGGAAAAGCACCUGGAAUAUCCUUAGUGUUUUCUGAUACUCUGACUUUUCAGUACUCUUGCUUCCAAUUUAGUUUCAGAGGAGAGAAAGGGAGAAGGAGGGGUAAAUGUCAGAGAAGUACUAGUUUUUCUUCUACAGCAAAGCACAAUUCUUCUAAUUUUGCUUGAUGAAUUUUCAAGGCCAUCAAAGAAAUUCUCCGUAAUCACCAAGAGUGUUAAUUGCAAUUUGUAUACAAGACUUCUGUCAUUCAAUGUACUAGAGGACAAAAAUAAUCUUACUAAUAUACCAGUGUAUACUGUCUACUUUAUUAUUUUAUUAUAGGCUUAAAUGUGUGAAAUUUAGUUAGAGACAAGCACUAAAUCUAAUUUUUAGGGACUGCUGAGCACUUGCAGUUUGGUUAGUCCUGUAAAAGCUUCUGACUUCCCAGGAAGAAUGUCUGCUGUUUGCUUUCAGCCUGUGAAGUGUUCAGAGGCAUUGGUUACAUGUAAGGACAGGCAGGAUGCAGUUCUGUUACUGUUCAGUCUGUGUUUAAUCAGCAAACAGAAUUUGAGGUGUUUUGUGAAUUUCAGUUGAACUCAGCAGAUGGUUUCAAGUAAAAAUAACAACAGGUGAAAUUAAUUUCAACCUCUCAAAAUAGAUUAAUGGCAGUUUACUAAACUAAGCAGAAAAGUAUCCUAAAAUAUCUUUGUUUCCAAUACACACUUAAAUCAAGUAAACUCUGUGCCUCUAGUGUGCUCUUGCUACAGAGCUAUAAAGUUAUUCUUUGUCACACUCAAACUCAAUUAAUAUUAAAGGAUAUUUAUCUGGACCAGAAUAGAUCUUCAGGAUAGAUUCACCUUCAGGAUAAAUGUAAAAAGAUUCCCUGAGAGUGUUCAUUAUUUACAACAAAAUCACUCGGAAGUGAGAGACCAGUUUGAAAAUUUCGCCAUGACCAGUGACGAGUUUUGGUACAGGUUUUGGCGCAAGACAUACUCAGGUCUUCUAUGCUGCUCCUUCCUGGCCUUAUUUUUUGCUUAAAUCGCAUGGUCUGCUUACAUAAAUCAGUCUCUUGAUGGCCACACUUCCUCUACUUGCAUUCUAAAACCGCUUAAUGUGAUUAAAGUCUAAAUAUUUGGUUCUGGUGUUGAAUUCAGAUUUUGGACUGAUUGCUUUGUGCAGCUGUUUCAGAACUGGUAGGAAACCAGAACAUGCAUGAGCUUAGUGACAGUGCCACAGCCCCUUGAAGGUUGUGUUUUCAUAAGAACAAGAUUUUAGAGAGUAUUAAAAAAACCAAAAUCUCAAUGCAACAGAAACCCACCUCCAAAAAAAACCCCUGACAAAACCAAAAACCAAACACAUCUGUUCCCCCAAAACCUCCCAAACAGACAAACCCCAUGCUAAGACUUUCUUUUUUUCCCUGUGUCACGAUUUGGUAUGGAACCUGCUUUAUGAAUUUUCCAGUGGAUGGUUGUAUUUUGCUGACAUCUAUAUUUAGUUUCUGAUCCACAUCAAUACUUGCUGGGGGUAGCACUAAAACUUUUGAUACAUAUUCAGUACCAUGUGCCACCUCUAAACACAAAUGCUUGAAAGGUUUCUUCCCUCACACAAUCACUUUAAGAUUGCUAUUUUGAUCCCAUUUCUCCCAGUUGAGUUAAAUGCAAAAUAAAGAUCAGGUUGCUGGAGAGUUGUUCUGUUAAAGAUUGCGUUUUGCUGUUAAUUGGUGCACGACAGACGCCUUGUGUAACAGCUACCUGACAGUGCUACCUCAGGAGGCAGAUCCGCAGCGUGUGAGCUCCGUUCGCUGCCGGCACCGGGACCUGCCUGCGGAAUUCCAGCGUGAUUGCAGAUGUCCUUGGAGGGGAGGAGUUCCUGGAGGCACCAGCUGAAGCAAGACGCCUCACAAACAAAAGUUCAAGGUGUGAGCACAGCAGGGUCUGGCUCCUAGGUUGGCCUGUGCUUGCCACUGCACCCAAGGAGUUCUCAGACAGAUUCAAACCAGUGGAACUUGCAGUAGCAGAGAGGACAGAAAAUGGUGCCCAGCACCUCCUUCUGCUCUGCUGGGCUCUGUGCAUAGGCUUUGCCAUUCUUGCAGCCAUGCAUCACAGCUGCCUGCAGAUCACAUCUGCCUGAUGAUCUCCGCAGCAACUUGGGCACUCAAGGCGGGAAUAUGAGCUGGUAAGUCAAGGUUACUCUCCCUCCUUCUCCUUGUCUUUUCUUCCCAGUGCAAUGGGGAUAAUUAUAUGUGUCAUGGUUUUGGACAGUGCUUGUCUAGAGCAAAGCACUGCCAGACUGUUUUAAUUCUCCAAAUCCAGUUCAAACACCUCUCGUGGUUCAGCAGAACCCUGCGUGGAUGUGAGUGUUGGGGGGGCAUAGUGGUGGGGGAAUGUACAGGAUGAUUUUCUGGGGUUAGGUAUAGGCAUGACAUCCCUUGGAGGACAUCCCUUGCCUGAUGUUACAUGGAUGGAAUACAGUGAGAAAUCCAAGGCAGCUUUUUCUGCUUUGUGCACAGAAAAUGUUGUUUGGGGUCAGCAGUAGGGAAAUCAUAGAGUCAUAGAGCGGCCUGGGUUGGAAGGGGCCUUAAAGAUGAUCUAUUUCCAACCCCCCUGACUUGGACAGGGACACCUUUUCCUAGACCAGGUGCUCCAUCCACCCUGGCUUUAAACACUUCUAGGGACGGGCCAUCCACAUCUCCAUUAGCUCCUCUGUCUUUACUGGAUACCCUGAAGAAGUGGCAACUCAAACACUGAACUGAAAAGACAGAACCUUUGUACUCCCAGAAUAAAUACAUACCUUAUAAAGCAGGAUUUUAGGUUUAAUGAGUUCAUUUAGCCAGUGGGUACAUUUCAGCUUUGUCUCUCCGCGCUGGCAAAACUCUUUUCCCUCUUUCCAUUGGUGCACACUCUGGCCCUGGAUCGGCGUUGCCCGGGUCUGCGGCAGCCUCUCCCCCUGUGGCCCGGCUCAGCCAGUGCAGCGCUCCGCGCCGUGAGGACCGCGCCGCACCUCCCGUGCUCUGGGAGCUGAUCGCGAGUAGACAGACACCUUCUGAAGUUCUGUGCAUGCUGUGCGCUUUUUUUAUUUGCUGCAACAAGAAAAGCCUUUUCUUUUAACCUGGCUUCCUUUGAAGAAGUAACUCAGGAAGCUUCAUGGCCUCUCAAGAAUCUCAGGGACAAGCCAAGCCAAUCUUGAAGGAUUACCUGCCUGGUUCUUCUGACAUUCCUCAACAGAAUAUGCCUGUUGAACCAACAAGUCUCUGGAAGCAAACGUCACACACUCAUAACUUGCCACCUGGUCUGGAGUACCUGAACCAGCUGGACCAGAUAAUUAUUCAUCAGCAAGUGGAGCUUCUGGAAGCCAUACUCGGCACAGAGACCUCCAGCAAAUAUGAGAUAAAAAACCAUUUGGGACAAAGAGUUUACUUUGCAGUAGAAGAGAACGGCUGCUUUGACCGCCAGCUGUGCUCGCCUAUAAGGUCUUUCACCAUAAGGAUUGCGGAUAACACGGGACGGGAGGUGAUCCGAGUCAUCAGACCCUUGAGGUGCAACAGCUGCUGGUUCCCCUGCUUCCUGCAGGAGUUAGAAGUUCAGUCCCCACCAGGUACAAUAGCUGGGUACGUUGUACAGAACUGGGACCCUUUUCUGCCAAAGUUUACUAUACAGAAUCAAAGUAAAGAAGAUGUACUAAAAGUAAUUGGCCCAUGUGCAACCUGUGGCUGUUUUGAUGAUGUUGACUUUGAGGUAAAAGCUCUCAAUGAGAUGACAACGAUUGGCAAAAUUUCCAAGUAUUGGUCUGGAUUUGUCAACAACAUCUUUACCAACACUGCCAACUUUGGGAUCCAGGUUCCUGUAGAUCUUGAUGACUUAAUGUUCUUUGAAAACUCUUUGGAUGGAUUAUAACAAGAUGACAGAAACAAUGAAAUAUGCAGAAUGUGUUUCAAAAUCACUUGAGCUUUGGACAUGAUUUUGAACUGCAAAAAUCCUUGUUCCUUAUAGGAAAAGACAGGGAGCUAAUGAUUAUGUUUAUUAAAAUAUGUCUCAUGUAAAUAAUAAUUUCCCACUUACAUUUUAUAUGUGCUGUAGCUUAACACAUAAUUUUCACACAGAGCACCAUUGCUUUGGAACAGUGCUAUUCUUUCUCUUUUGAUGUUCCUGCAUGGGAAAUCAUGAAAGAUUAGAUGAAGGCUUGCGGCAUCACUGAUGAAAGUCUAUGUUUAGAGAAGCCUUUGAUGUUUUGCAAGUGCUGGUACCAGCUACUAACCACAUGAGGGUGUGUUUUGGGGGUUUUGCUUUUUUAUAAUUUUAGAAGUAAUUUUCUGAUUUGUUAUUUAAUUAACAGUAGCAAACUGAUACUGAAAGUAGCAAAUAUAAAGACAUACCCAAUGGGAAGAUCAAGAUGUUACCUGUUUCACUGAGUGGAAGAAGGGAAGUUACAUUUGCUAGUAAAUUAAUUUUGUGACAAAGAUUGUUUUAAUGAGUGGCAGCCAGAAAUUCAGCUUCCAGCCCUAGACUUGGGAAGGUAAGCUUUAUUCAGAAAAUCUGGUAUUCCACUAUUUCCACUAAAGGCAGGCCAUAGAUAAAGUUUGAGAAAUUGUCCUCUGUAUGCUAGGGGCUCACAAAUCACUUCCCUUUGUACUAUGCAGUGUUAAGGAUCUUUGCUGCCAUCUACUCAAGGCUUUCCUUGAAAGGUUUUUUACUCUUUGUAAUAUCUGGUGGCUGAUAAUUUUUCAUUCAGACUUGCUAAUGGCCAUCCUAGAACAGAAUUACUCUUUUCCUUUGGCAAGCUCAAGUAUUUUCUAUGAUGACUGCGCAGAAGGAGCUUUUUGUAGUUCAGCAGUUUUACACAGCUGUUCAUUCCUGCAGUCACACGUCAUCAUACUGUUCCCAAACAUUCCCACAAACAGGCUUUCGCUAAUACAAACUUCCUUCGUAGGAACUGUAUAUAUGCAGGACAAAACCAGUUUUUUUUGCUGUUUUUGCAAAGUGUUUGCUCUAUGAACUUGCUUAUGCCUCUCAAAAACUUCAGCAGGUCCUUCAAGAAGCAAACCAGUACCAUAAAAUAUUGGUGGCAAACCAAAUUGCUCUCAUAGUUGCCAGUCAAGUUUCUAAGGGGAACAUUUUUCAAAUCACUAAAAAUGCUGGAGAUUUUUUUUUUUUUUUUUUACUUUCAACCAGUAAUUCAGUUCUUGCAAACAACCAACACAUCAACGGAAAGAGAGGAGAUAAUGAAUAAUUCAUAAAAAUGAAAAAGAGCUAAAUUUAUCAGGUGAUUAAUUCUCAACAAAUAUUUAGACUAAUUUUAAAUUAAUGUUCGUGGAUAUGAAUUCAAACACAGUGAAGUCAGGAAGUUGCAACUAACGUUCCCAUAGUGAAAUUAACUCAGGAAUGCUUGUAGAUUUAAACAGUAUGUUUUAGAUUAUAUACCACACUUAGGUAUUUAUACAGAUUUACAUAUGUCUUGAAAAUAAUUGUGGUUAACAAGCUCUGACAAUCAUCAUUAUCUGUUAACCAUUUCACUACUGGCUCUCGCUGUGACUCGCAGCAGUGCAAUCAGGCUGCACGAGUUGGGAGCUCACAGAGAGCCACUACUGCCACCUUUCCCAGGAGGAAGCACCCUGUGAGCUUCGUGGGCAAGAAGCUCCCUCGUGUGGAAAUUCAGGAAUUUGCAGAGGAAUACAGGAUACUUUUUGCUAUUCUCGCUGAUCUCACACUGGUGUCGUUCUGUUAAACUCAGCUCCUGCACUCCUGACUGUAGACUCAGUAAAAGAACCAGACUUUUUUUUUUUUCUCUUUAAAUCCCUUUGCCAUCUUAGACAGCAGUCACUGUUAUUGUAGCCCAUUAUCUUGGCUCUUGUGCACUGUUGCUGAGCUGUGUGUGUCUGAAUGCUUGACUGUAUUCAGUGCCUGUAAGAUCAGCAGGAUCCCCACCUAUCUCCCACUUCUCUUCUGCAAUUUCCAGUCUUCUUGUGGCCCUUUAAAAGCCAAAGACAUUUCUGAAGCAAAUGCGUCCGACCUCAUUGAAGUCAACACAAAAUAAGGUUUUAUUUACCUGCAGGGCUGAAUUUGGCUGUGAGUGUCUAUGUAUAUACCUUGUAGGUAAGCAAUAUGUGCAUAUAUUUUUUUAAUGAAUUGCAGCCAGAUGAUAAUACUGGAUUCCUCACA